GUUUUACUUAACUAGAUGGCGCUCUCAAAAUAGAAAAUCGUUGAUUUAAUCUAAUGUUCUGUCGUUUUCAUUAACACAAGAUAAUCUGAAUAGUAUAUUGGAAGUUGUAUUAAAAUUUGAGGUUGAUAGUUAUGAGAUUUAUAUAAAGGAUAUUGCAAGUGACAUGUUAUAGGUUAUUGACAUUAUGACAAUUAAAUACGCAUAAAUAUGAAACAACAAGUUAUAGAUACCAAAACAAUUUCUGGAUCAACAGGAGAAGCUGAUGAAUGUUUGUUUGAAUAUCUACAUGCUGAAAUAGUUAAUUAUGUUUUAAGUUUAUCAUUAGAUACAAAGGAAGGUAAGGAGGAUCUAUCUCGAUUAGAGUGGAUGGGAUUUAGUGUUGGAUAUAAAAUCAUUGAACGAUUAACAAGAGAAUGGAGUCGUUUUAAAGAUGAAUUAGAUAUGAUUAAAUUUAUAUGUACAGAUUUUUGGUGCAGUUUAUAUCAUAAGCAAAUUGAUAAUCUUAGAACGAAUCACCAUGGAGUAUAUGUAUUACAAGAUAAUUCAUUUCGUUUACUAGAUAAAGUUGGUACUAGUAAUACUAAACAAUAUCUUCCAGAAAGUCCACGCUUAUUAGCAUUUACAUGUGGCUUAUUACGAGGUAGUUUAGCAAAUCUUGGUAUUGUAAGUACUGUAACAGCGGAAACAUCAGCUUUACCAAGUUGUAAAUUCCAUGUUCAAGUACAAAGAAUUUAAUAUGUAUAUGCAUAAUAUAUAAGCAUUAACAUGCAUUUCAUAUAAUGAUUUAUCACUAUAUUAUUGAUACAAAGUCUGAAAGGUAUAUAAUAUUUCAGUAAUGAAUAUGAAUUUUAUAAUUAACAUGAAGAACAUGUCAAUUAUAUCUAAAAUUUUCUAUAAAUUAUAAAUGAUAUAAACAAUUGAAACUUAACAUAUACAAAAAAUAAAAUAAAUAUAUAAGUAUUAUGUAACAUUAUAAAUUUAUUGGCACUUACAAAUAUUUAGGCUUUUGCAACUUUGUAAACGUAAUGGAAUAAUUAAUUUUCAAGCAUUGAUGUAUUACUGACAUUUAAUUCUUAUUGCACUAUAAUAUUCGUUAAUAUGAAUUACAUAUGUUUACCAUUA